AUGAACCAAACUGACCGUGUCUCCUCUUCCGAUUGGCGGGUUUGCAAGCGCCGCUCUCUCGCGCCCAAUCAUCGCGCAGCGUCCGUUGCUGAGCGACCGUCCUGCUGCGCGGCCUCGGCCAUGGCCGGUGGGUGCCGGGACGCGGCCGGUGUGCGCAUCGCCCCCGCCGAGCUGCGCUUCGAGGGCGCGGUGCCGGGCGGCCGCUACCGCGCCGCGCUCAGCGUGCAGAACCGGCGGCGGGAGAGCUGUCGCCUCCAGCUGCUGCCGCCCCGCCGGCCCCAGUUUAAAUUGAUUGUGGAAAAUCCAGGAAAACCUGUUGCACCUGGGCUUCAAGUUACAGCUUUUGUGGAAUAUUAUCCAGACAGUGCAGAAGAUGUUGAAGAUAGAAUGCUUCUUUUAGUAGAAGAUGACGCAAUUGAUAUCCCACUGCUUGGAUUAAUUCAAUCCUGUCACCUGGAAGUUGAGUCAGAGAUUAAUUUUGGUGCAGUGAUUGCGAACAGUAAAAUAAUUAGUAAAAAGUUUAGUAUUGUGAACCAUGGAUUGUCUUCAGGUACAUUUGAAAUAUCAUAUGAUGGGGUUGUCCUGCUUAACAUAGAACCCACCAGUGGAGUGGUAGAACCGAAAUCUGUAAAGAGGGUUAAAGUGGAUAUCUGCACAGAUGUACCCAGAAUCAUCAAAGAAGUGAUUAAAGUGGAGCUGGAAGACCAAGGGUGCACUCAAGUGUGGGUCAAAGCUGCUGUGGUUGAACAAGUUCUUAAAGUUCUAGGAGUGUCUUGUGGAAAUAUGUUGGAAUGCAUUAACUUUGGACCUGUUUACUUUGGGUGUUCAAAGACUGAACAAAUAUCUUUAUACAAUGAAAGUCCGGAGAGUGUGAGCUGGGUAGCAGUACUGGAAGAUAAUGCCAUUGGAGGAGAGAUGGGGACAGAUCUUCAGAGGAGUGCAGAUGCUGCUUUACAAGACUUAAGCCUCAAAAAUAGUACAAGACAUGUAGAUGUUUCCACCUUGAUCUUGUGCAUUCCCAAUCAAGGAACUUUGCUACCUUAUGAGAAAUCUUUGGUUACAUUGUGCUUUAGUCCAAAAAAAUUUGAAAGGGACUCUGGAGUGAAUGACUCAUCACUGAAACAAGAUUAUGUACUGUUUCUGAGAUUUGAAGCUGCCGGGAAUAAUGCUGGCUAUCUGCAGGCAUUCAGUGAUGGUGCCACGGCAAUCACAAUGAAUCAUCCUCAUGACAUGGAGUUGGCUUUGACAGGUUCUGGGAUUCCUGUCAUGUUAACUUUUAAUCCAGGACCAGUUAUUAACUUUAUAAACUGUUUCCCGGGUGAACAAACACAAGUUCGAUGCACACUCAAAAAUGAGUCUGAGUCCCUUCCAGUAACAUUCAGCUUCCGCAAGACUGCUCACUUUAAUAUUUCUCCUGAAAAAGGAAAAAUUACAGAAAAAUCUGCAAAGGAUGUGAUAUUUACAUUUUCUCCACAUCAAAUAGGAACAUUUAAAGUGAAGCAAGUUGUUGAUAUCAUUGGUACAGUACUAGAAAAAAAAAGUUUACGAAUUUUGAAGACAAAAUCCAUUCAGCAAAUAUAUUUGAGCUUUAUUGGUGUGUGCAAAUCUAAGCGAAAAAACAUUAUAUUCAAAAUUAAUCCUGGUAUAACACCAAUGAUUUCCAAUGAAACUGGACAGUUUGUAGCUGAUGGCACUGGACAGUGCACUGAUACAGCACCUGUGGCAAUACUUAAAUCAACCCAAACAAAAAUUCAUACUCACCAGAUAAACAGGAGUUGUAAGAGUAAUGCACUUACAGCUUUUCCUAAUGACCGUGCAGCCAGCAUUAGGCCUGGUGAAUGGAAUAAAACAUACAGGACUAUUUUCACAAAGACUGACAGAUACAAUUAUAUAGAUCCGGAGUUUACUUAUACUGACAGUGAACGACUGUCAAAAGAAGCACAUAAAGAAUACUACACAGACUUCAUCUCUAGUUUAAGAUGGCAUCGUUUGCAGAGAGGUGCCUCUAGGCAGUUUAAUAUUUAUAACAAUUCUGUGAGCAUAGGCCUUAAACCAGCUGAAGGGCUCAUGUCACCAAAGAUCUCAGUCACAGAUUUUCACAAGGAGAAGGUGGAGUUUGAAAUGCUUCCUUCAGAUGAGAAUUGCCUGUUAACUAGUCGGAAAUUGGCAGCAAUGGGUUCUAAAUCUUCAAUCAAAGAAAUUUGGAAUGGGCUUAAUGCUGUGCCAUCUUCUACUCAAGAGAAGGAAGAUUGUAGUCUAACUUUGACAUCCAAGCAGCUUCAUCAAGUACUCAUUGGUCCCUCUACUAUGGAUUUUGGUGAUGUUUGUUUGAAUUCUACAACAGCCAGAAAACUGCACAUCAUCAAUAACUUGUUAGUUCACAUAUGGAUACAAAUUGAGAUGGAAAUUGAUGAAUUACAGCAGACAAGUCCAUUGUCUCAGGUGGUGCCUCCUCUUACAAAGACUCAUAUUCCAGUUGUGUUUGAGCCAAACACUCUUGGAAUGUUUAAAAGGUCUUUCACUUACACAAUAAACAACCAACACUCUGGGCAUGUGCUGGUUGUUGCAAAAGCAGUGUCUGUUGAACUUCAGCUGUCUGCAGAGGAAGUGAUUUUAAAUCCUAUUCGUGGCUACCUAGCAGGGACAGAAUUUAGAACAACUGUCAGUAUAUGCAACCCCAGAAACCAUCCUGCUGAGUUUACUUGGAAGCCUAUAGCUACAGAUAGAGGAACUGUAUUUUCUAUAGAGCCGGUCAAAGGCUUUGUGGAGGCCUAUAGUGAUCUGGAGUGUGAAGUUAUUUGGCAACCAGGGUUCAGCUCUCCAGAGGCAGGAGAAUUCAACUUGUGUGUGCGUAAAGGAAACACAGUUAAGUUGAAAUGUUUUGUGAAGCUUGGUACUACUAAAGUUCAGUUUAUGGAACAAAAGAUACCGUUUCAUCAUAGUCCAUUGGGUUUAUCUACUUGUAACACAGCUAUUCUUCAAAACACAGGAUACAAUCAUGCGUACUACCAAGUUCUUGAUACAAGCCCACUGCCUGGAAUGACAAUUACCCCUUCUGAAGGCGUGGUACCUGUGGGAGGCCAUGCUGAUCUCCAAAUCUCUUUCACUCCAAAUGCAAAAAUGAGUUUUAGUACAAGAGUGGAGGUAGCAGUACGAAAUUCAAGAGUACUAGUGCUUAGGAUUGACGGAUUUGUAGAGAUCCCUGAAAUAAACAUUGAUGUGGAAGUAUUUGACUUUGAAGGCGUUUAUGUUGGUUCUAUGAAAUCAAUUCCCUUUUUGCUGCAGAACAACGGACAAGCAUGUACCAGAGUGGAGUUUGAUUUUUCUAAGCAUAAGGAUUUUAAAUUGAACACUAAUGACCAUUCAGUGGUCAAUUGCUGUUCUUCAAAUCCUUAUUUGUAUUCUGUCAACUUAAAGGGAAAGUCAGCUUUGCAAUGCUUGUUGUCCUUCGUGCCAAAGAAGGUGGCAGCAUAUGAUUUCACUCUUCCAGUGAAUACUCCUCGGACUAACUUCCCAUUGACACAGCCAAGCUCUCCAUCUGCAACUUCUGUUGGAUCUGUAAAGCACAUCCUUGCUCCUCAGCCACAGAUGGUGGCUGUGGCUGUUCCACUCUGUAGAGUUAAAGCAGUUGGACUUAACUCACCCUUGGAGUUCUCCUCGAUGGAACUUAAAUUUUUACAACAUUCUAGUGCCAUACGUUUCAAUAUUGUUGAUGAAAGCCUGAAUUCUCAGAAGCUUGAACUGAAGAAUAUCACAGGACAGCAGUUGACAUGGAAAUUGAAUUGUGACGAUGCAGGUGAAAAUACAGAUGACAGAAUUUUCAAAUUUAGUCCACAGAGUGGAUUUCUUGAUCCAGGACAAAAAAUCAGUAUUGCUGUAUUCUUCUGCCCCUCUUGUCCCGGGACAUACACAUCUGAACUGUCAGUGUCUCUAAAUGGUAAUCCCUCACAUUACAAAAUAGCAUUGUCUGGCAUUUUGAAGUCACCAAAAAUAAAAUUUGAUCCCCCAUUUUUGAUGCUGAUACCAGUUCCUCUGGAUGUGACAAGUGAAAGAGCCAUCAAUAUCAUUCCACAAGAUUAUUUAAGGCAAUCACAAAUUCAAGUUGAGAUUCCAGAGCUUGAACUUGAAGAUGGUGACAGGAUUUACCCUUUUUCUGUACAGUUCCCAAAAGAACAAGAUGUUUUUCUUUUAUCAGAUGGCACAAAUAAAGAACUGACUUGUCAUGUCAGCUUCAGAUCAUCUAGACCAAUGUCAUUUUUGGGGAAUAUUUUCUUCAUUGAUGAAGAAGAAAACAGGUUUUCACUUCAAGUUGCUGCAACAGCAGAAAAUUGCCUUCUUACUUUAUACCCGUAUUUGGCAUUGCACCGCUCCGAUCAACAAGUUAUCUUGAGAAGCAGGUCAGAUUCUAAUUUUGAAACUGAGAGUGAUGAAAUGAUAAGUGAAAACAGUGAAACUGGCAGCCAAAGUGAUGGGAGAGAAAAUAACUCUGAAUUAUCUUUCUUUCCUGAUGAGGAUAAAAAGGAGUACAUCUUCUUUCAGAAGACUCUAACUGCCAUUAAGAAUUGGUUCACUCUCUUUGGUUGGUCUACGGGACAAAAUCCUAUCUCAAUACCACAUUCACUAAGACGUGAUGUGUGUAAAGUCCAGAUGACCUCUUCACAAGAAAAAGGUUUAAAAAAAAUCCUCUACAAAAAUACUACGUCUAUUUAUGACAUGAUAGUCUAUCUGAGUGGACAGUGGUUACCAGGCAUUACAUUGAGCCAGUCAUUGCCUCUUGAUCCAGUUGAACGAGUGUUACAGCUCUACUGUCAGCAUUCUACAAUGCUUGCUUUCCUUACAAGCCAAGGAGCCUGUCUCUCUCAUGUUAUGCCAGAAUUUCUGUUUGAACCUGAUGAAUAUAAGAAAUGGAUUGAAGUGCGAACUGUACAAAAGAGUCACUCGGCUGAGUUGGAAAAAGGAAAUGUGAAAAACUCGGACAUACUUAGCAACAGUCAUCUAUUUGUUCUGGAGGACAGUGCAUUUGAGACAAUGAGUAAACGAGCUUGGACAGACGUGCUACUGCAGGUGUACAAGGUGUUUGUUCUUCCACGGGUUCCUUCACGUAAUAUUGCUGAUCAGUUCAGCUUGGAAAGUGUGCAGCACAUACCAAGAAUAAGAUCAGAACCUUUAUCCAGUAAUAUAUAUUCUCCAUAUGAACGAGCCAUCCUCACCUGGUUGAAUAAACAUUAUGAGGAGAAUCGAAAAACUGUGUGGAAAAAUUGUCAAAAAGGUGGAGUACCGCCAAUGAGAUGGAUAGUAAAUUUUGACCGAGAUCUUCUAGAUGGUCUGGUAUUGGCAGCACAGCUGGCAGCUUAUUGUCCAUAUUUGAUUGCUACUCACUUUGUAAGGAUGUAUACCAAUCCAAGAACUCCAGCACAGUUUCUGCACAACUGUUUGAUACUUGUGAAUGCUAUGCAUGCUGUCAGUCUGGCCACAGGCAUAAAGGCUACUGACAUCUGUGAUCCAAACCCAGUCAUGCUGCUUAUUCUGUGUGUCUACCUAUAUGAAACUCUCCCUCACUACUUACCCAAGAACACUAUAGAAUUUACAGGUGCUCUUCAUGCAACUGUUGUUAAACAGGUACUUCUGAAAAACCCAAGCAGUAAAACUUUGACAUACAGCACUAUUCUUGUUGGAAGAGAUGCUGAUGAUUUCUUGGUACCUAAAGGAAACACUGUCACCAUUGCCCCUAGGAGGCAAACAAGUAUAAAUGUGGAAUUCACUAGUCGUUUUCUGCGCCCUGCUGAAGCAGUGUUGCUACUGAUCGCGAAGAAAGUGGGUGGAAUAGAUGGUGCCACACUGGCUUUUUCUCUGAAAUCUGAAGUCAAGCAUAUUAAGCCUGCUCAUAUAUUAAAAUGCAAAUCCCCAUGUUAUGAGCUGAAGAAAGUUAUCCUAAAUGUUACUAAUCCCUUCAGAACUGAUGGCAUGUUCAGGGUCAUUUUGCUGGAAUCCACAAGUUAUUCAAUGCAUCCAGAGAAAGUAUAUCAAGCCAAACAAGUAAAGCAAGAGCAAACUUUUAGUUCUGAAAAUAAAAUAUUAAAUUUAAAAAAAGAUGCACUACCUGAAGAUACAACUGAAGAGAACUACUUAAAUUGCUCUGACCAAUCCAGUCUCCUGCAUGAGUUCUUCUGUCCAAUUGAAGAACUAUUCUUGGAAAGGAAAAGCUCUGCAGGCUUAGAUAUUCACUUCCUUCCCUUUUAUAUGGAAAAAAGAUACUGCACUGUCAUUCUGGUUAAUGAACUGAUUGGAGAAUUCAUAUACCUGAUAGAGGGAACAGGUGAUAUCCCUUUGCCUUCAGCAUUGCUUCCAAUGGACAGUCCAAAUAUUUUGCAUUUCAGCAGUACGUUAGAAGGUGCAAGUGCAGGAGAACCAGUUUUAUAUUUGAAAUGUAGUCUUACUCAGAUCCUUGAAGAAAAUCUGAGGAUUCCGUUGAUCAAUGAGUCAAGAGAAAAGGCUCUGGCCAUUGCUGCACAACAGCAGAUGUCAACUACUGAAUACAAAAGAAGAAAGGUCACAGGGACUCUGCAGAGCAGUAGCGUUCGAGUUGCAACUGCAUUGCUAGGGCUCUCUAGAAUAGAGAGACAUGCACUCCUGAAACCUCAUAAAUUCCUCCCAGAGUUGAAGUAUGUGGAAUACAGUGUAGAAGUGAGCAUGCAAGACUUCUUUGAGGUUCCUGAGAAGUUCUCCAUUCCAGUAUUGGCAUCAAGCAGAGUUAAUUUCAAAGUUCCAUCAGCAAGAGACCUUUCGUCUCAAAAACCAGAUAAAAGUGAUGCAGUGGAGCUUCCUAUAAAAUUCAUUCCUCGGUGUGCUGGUUGCUACCGCUGUCAGAUUCUUCUGAAGUCUUCCUGUGAUGUUCGUGUCUAUGAGAUUGAAUGUGUAGUUAACACUGACCAUGCUGAAGCAGAGCUUGAAUUUGUAACUCCAGCUUACCAAGCAGUGAUUCAGGAUAUACCAAUUAGUAACAUGUCAAACCAGGACUGGAAACUUGAAGCAAUUUUAGAAGGAGAGGAUUUUUAUGGCCCUUCUCUAAUAAAUGUGGGUCUAGGUGAAACAGCUUUGUAUCCUCUCACAUUCAAGCCUGUUACUGAGUGCAUAACAAUGGGAAGGCUUAUUCUGCGAAAUGGUACAGCUGGUACUGAAAAUAUCUUUAGACUUAAGGGAGUAGGGAAGAAACCUCUGGCACAGGAUCAUAUUGUGAUAGAUUGCCAAGUGAGAAAGGUCACUCAAAAAAUUUUAUUGGUGCCCAAUUAUACCAAGAAAAUGUUAACAUACAAGGUAUUUUCAGAUCUUUCAAUGGUGGGUGGCACACCUGUUAUUACUGUAGAACCAGGUGACACAGUUCCUUACACUCUGAGUGUAUCUCCAUGGAGACGAGGAAUCUUUCAAGGUAUAAUUUCAUUUGUUGCUGAAGUUGAAGACCAACAGCAGUCUCAACAUAACAGUUCACCAGAGAACACAGAUGGUGAACAAGCCCUUCAGAAACUAACAACAGAGACACCGCAAACUGUUGUUGCAGCAAACGUGGGAAGAAGUUCUUCAAAUUGCAAAGUCUGGUUUUCCUUAAAGAUUAACAGCAUACCUGCAGCACCAGAAAGAAGGAUAGAUGUGAAAUGCAGAGCUCUGGACACUAUUGGAAUUCCUAUUCCCAUCACUAAUCCCACAGAUAAAAUUCUUCAGCUGAGUGUGGUGUUGGAGAAUCAGUCACUUAGUGGACAGAAAGCUAUUGUUCUUAGUCCCAAACAAACACUUACAUAUCAAAUAGAGUUUUCGCCAGCUGUUGUUGGCAGUUCAGAUGAAAGUGUCCUAUUCCUGUCAGAUGUGAUUGGAGAGUUUUGGUAUGCACUGAAGUUGACUGUAGAGAAGCCAUUACCAACUAAUCUACCUGAAAUAGAAUGUGAGCUUGGAAAAUGGGCUCAUCUGUACAUACCUCUCUGUAAUCCUACACAUGAAACUCUGGAGCUAGAAAUUAUUAACAGCAAUCCUAGCAAUUUUUCAACUGACGCUGAUCCAAAACACCCCCUGAUUGUCGCUCCUCAUUCCACCACUGAAGUACCCGUGCAAUUCUAUCCAUCUGCCCUUGGAAGAGGCAGUCACAAGGCAUCAAUAGCCUUCAGAUGUUCACAGCUUAAAGAGUGGAUGUUUUAUCUUUCGGGGAUUGGUCUUCCCCCUGAGCUGAUGAAACCAACCAGCAUAAGCGCAUGCAUUGGCCAGGGUUCUUCUGCCAUCAUAUCCUUCAAAAAUCCGACUCUUGAAAACGUGUUGGUAGAUGUCAUGCUGACAGAUCAGGAGCAGUUAGGUUGUCAUCCCAGUGCAUCUGUCCUAUUCAAAUCUACCAGUAAGGAAUCUGCUUUCCAUAUUCUGCUUAAACAACCACGAGGAAAACUAUUAGCUCCGAAAGAAGAGCUGGACAUCACGGUAUUAUUCAUGCCAGAUACAAUGAAAAUGUAUGAGAUUCUGGUGGUAAUUCAUGUAAUGAGGGAAAAUGGUGAAAACUGGCCGUAUGAGGAUUCUGCUGAGUUAAAUAAAGACUUAAGGAGAAGGGUUACUGUAGCAGAGAAUGGAGGAAUUCAGGGAAUACUCUGGAUCUACCCAGUACACGGAAUACCUGAAGCACCACGGCAAAAAUUAGUUCCAGAUGUCAUACGCUGUCAAGCCAGGCAAAGAGUAGAAAGAAGAGUAGAAGUGCUGCUGCCUGGUGUGGUUCCUGCUACAAAUGCUACACCUGUCACAAGAAAUUCUGCCGUGGUCAAUACAAAUAAGCCAGCCAAUAUCCAAGAAAUUGUUCAAGUCACUGAUGGUUUCUCUACAACAAGGGAAUUUCUCUAUGAAUUGCAAUAUCAAUCAAAUGAAAUUAAAUCUCAGCUUGAAGCUUUGAUUGGUAUGCAUCUGAUUGAAAGAGAAUGGGAUACAGAAUCCAGAAUCGUAACCCUGAUCUUUAAUGUAGUGUUUACACCUAACAAACCGAUGAGGAACGAAGCAACUCUCAUAGUACAGUGCACUACAGGAGGUAUUUGGAAGUUUCCAAUGCUGUUCAUUGCUACAGAGCCAGAAGUGGAUGAUGUCAUCAACAUUGAAGCAGUUGGCCUGAAUAAGGAAUCUGUAGUUGGCUUUAAGCUUACAAGUCAGACAAGGAACCCAGAGCCAUUCACUGCUCACUUCCUGGCGGGCAGCGAUCCUGAGUUCCUUGUGCUGCCGCAAGCUGGAGUACUUCUUCCAGCAGGCACUAUGGGAACCCAUAUAACAGUGGGAUUCAAGCCAAGGAUGUACGGCAAGAAGCAUACUGCAACACUUGUAAUUGAGACACAAUCAAUGCAGUGGAUGUAUGAAAUAAAUGGACUGCCUCCACAGACCGUGCCACCUACAAGCCCGGCAAAAGUCGUUUCUACUAGCAGUUACGUAAGAUCAGCUACAGUACGACAGCGCAAUUUUUUACGUGAAAAUUUGCAACUUACCACCACUGGACCAUCCUCACCAGUCAAGGGGGCACCUUUGGUCCUGAGAACAAAAUCGAGAAAGUUCUGAUCAGUUAUCUUUCUGAUGGGGCAGGAUGUGAAAUGGACACCUUUGACAAAUAAAUUCUGCAGAUAAAACGAGCAUAUAGGUAUUGAUUAUCUUUUUAAAAAAGAUAUGACAUGCAUUGAUUGUAUGCUUUAUAUGGAAGGUUCAGAGUGUCUGAGCUCUCAUAAUACUUUUAUUUUUUUAUGAGGAGUUUUAGUUGCUUACCUAACAGUUCAUGUGUAUCAUAUAGGUAUCAGCAAGUUCAAAUGAGAAAAAAGUUUGAAUUGAAAAAAUUGAGUUGAAAUCUGAGGAAUUCAAACUAGUGCUUUGCUAUCGAAGGGAUAUUAGAUUGAUGAGACUUUUUUAGGAAGCCUUAAGGCACAUUAUGUAUGAUGUUCAAAAUAUUACAUCCAUGCAAACCAAGCAUCUUUUUCAUGAUAAAAUACUUCUUCAAAGUUUGCAGUAUUUUGUUAAUGUGAAACAUGUUUACGUGUGAUAUGUCCAGAGCUUGAAUGCCCUUCAGGUUCUCCUACUUUGGCAAAUUUAAUUAAUUAUAACAUCUUUGCUUUGGCUAAAAUAAGAAUCCUGAUUUAUUCAUCCCAUAACACUUCAAAAUCUUAGAUAAUUACAUAUAAUACAGAAUGAAAAAAAAAAUGUCCUCCCUCACUAUUUUUGUAUUAAGUAAAUUUUAGAGAGUGCUUUAGAAUAUUGAAAUAUAGAAGACUCUCAAAAGUCAAGGAGGAAUGGAGCCAGAUAUUUCUUUUAUUUUUUUCUAAAAUGAGCAAACAAAAGGUGCCAUUCAUAUUUUGCUUCUAUUUCGCUUCUUCUCAUCCAGAGUUGACUUUAGAUGGAUAUUCAGGCUUUCUUUGCUCUUGAUGUAAUUUGGGAAAUUGUAUCUAUGCAAACAUGCUCUGCAAGAUCAGUGGAUGGGUAACUGCUGCCUUCUUUCUUCAUUGAGAUAGCUUUUCCUGAUUUUACUAGUAGAAAGUAAAUUGUAUUUUGAUGGCAGAAUGUACUUUAACAAAAAAAAAAAAAAAACAAAAAAAAACCACUUGGCACAGAUAAAGUGCUUUCUUGGCACAAGAACAGAAUGAGCAUCAUUGGUCAAGAAUGGGGAGCCUAAGAACGACCUAUGUAGGUCAGUCUAAAUGAGCACCAAUAAAACCAUUUUACCUCAAUGAGCUUGAGGAUUUUGUUUAUGCCGCACAUUUUAGGGAUGCUAUUACAGAAAAUGUUGGGAACAUAUAAAACAUCAAUAGCACAGUUUAAUAGCUCCCCUUAAAUGCAGCAUGCCCCAUUUCGGUAGAAACCAGGUAAUCUGAAGCAAGAAUAAAAUCUGCUUU